AUGCUUUAUUUUCUUUUUUUAUUAAAAACAUUUGAUUUGCCAAAUUUUACGUUAACACAAAAUUUAACACGCAAUUUAUGUCAAAAUCUGUUUAAAAUUUUUAUAAGCAUUAAAAAAAUCGUUAACGCAAAUUUAGCAGCGAAAUUAAUAACAGAACAAGUUUACAGUAACAUACAUUAUAAAUUUAUUACAAUUAUAUUUUAUUUUUAG